CAUUUCAUCACAAUUCAGAAUUAACUGAUUGUAAGAAGCAAAGAGCAGACAUAGCUUCAAGCUACCAACACGACAACACCAACCACUCUUCUCUUCUCUUCACUUCUCUUUCUCUCUCGCGCUCAAUUCACCAUCUUCUUCUCCAUUUCCGAUUCUCUCUCUCUCCUCUUUCUCUCUGCACACUUUCUCUCUCAUUUCCAUCGAAUCAUCGAUCGGAACCUCACGAUCGGAACCCGAACGGCGGCACUCCGAGCUCCGCAACCUUCUGGAAGGUGGAUUGGGCUUUCACAAUUUGAAUGACUAUUUGUUAGUUUCUUCAGAAAUAGCAUAAUGGAAGAGGAGGAGGAACCAAAAGAGAUCAAAAUAUCUGGUAACGAAUUAGAUACUCAUGUAGCAGUAGACAGUGGUGUAAAACAGUUUGUUGAGAGUCCGCAUCAGGAAAAUAUAAAUGCUAGCAGCAGUUUUGAGAUUGAAAAUGUAGAUGAUAGGGUACACUUGCAAGAGCAAGGUAUUGAUUCUGCAGAUACUGUUAUGGAUGAGGACCAGUUUGAGCAAGUAUCUUUGAAAGAUCAAGACAAGAAUAAUGAGUUUGAGGAUGCAAACAGAUCAUCAGGUUCUGAUAUUAUACAACAUCCCUCUGGUGGAAGUGUAGAGGAUUCUCGAUAUUCAUCUGGGUCGUACUCACCAGAGUAUGAUUCUUCCCUGGUUGCUGACUUACAUCUUGAUAAUCUUUCUUAUAGCCCUGAGUCAGAGGGGCAGUUUGGUCAUACAAACAACCAGUUUACCCCAUCAAUUAGUUUUGAUUCUCCUGGAUAUUCCAAUGUUAAUUCUCCACCAAAGCCCAGGCAAAAACAUGCAAAACCGAACGUGUCUCCAGAAUUACUACAUUUAGUUGAUUCUGCGAUUAUGGGGAAACCUGAAGGUAUGGAUAAGCUGAAGAAUAUUGCAAGUGGUGUAGAAGUUUUCGAGAGUGGUGAAGAAAUGGAUAGCAUGCCUUUCAUAAUAGUAGAUUCACUCCUUGCAACAAUGGGUGGUGUUGAAAGUUUUGAGGAGGACGAAGAUAAUCCUCCUAGUGUAAUGCUGAAUUCCCGGGCUGCUAUUGUGGCAGGUGAGAUUAUUCCUUGGCUUCCUUACAUUGGUGAUACUGAUGAUGUCAUGUCCCCAAGGACAAGGAUGGUUAGGGGACUACUUGCCAUAUUAAGGGCUUGCACUAGAAAUAGAGCCAUGUGCUCAAUUGCUGGUCUGUUAGGAGUGUUGUUGAGAACAGCAGAAAAGAUUUUUACAGUUGAUGUUGGCUUGAAUGGGCAAAUGAGGUGGGAUGGAACUCCUUUGUGUCACUGCAUACAAUACUUAGGUGGCCAUUCUCUUAGUGUUGAUGAUCUCUUUAGAUGGUUGCAAGUCAUUAAUAAAACACUUACCACAAUUUGGGCUCCACGAUUAACUCUAGCAUUGGAGGAAGCAAUAAGUGGAAAGGAGUCAAGAGGACCAGCUUGCACCUUUGAGUUUGAUGGUGAAAGUUCUGGUUUGCUUGGUUCAGGUGAGAGCCGUUGGCCAUUUAUCAACGGUUAUGCUUUUGCAACAUGGAUCUACAUUGAAUCAUUUGCAGACACAUUGAAUACAGCUACAGUUGCUGCCGCAAUUGCUGCAGCUGCAGCGGCUAGGUCAGGUAAAUCAUCAGCUAUGUCAGCUGCUGCUGCAGCUAGUGCGCUUGCUGGUGAAGGUACGGCACACAUGCCACGGCUAUUUAGUUUUUUAUCUAGUGAUAAUCAGGGUAUAGAGGCUUAUUUUCACGCCCAAUUUUUGGUUGUUGAAACUGCCAGUGGGAAGGGGAAAAAGUCUUCUUUGCAUUUUACAUAUGCUUUCAAACCACAAUGCUGGUACUUCAUUGGUCUGGAACAUAUAAGCAAGCAUGGAAUUCUUGGGAAAACAGAAAGUGAAGUCAGGUUGUAUGUAGAUGGUUCUUUAUAUGAAGGUCGUCCUUUUGAGUUCCCUCGAAUUUCCAAACCCCUUGCCUUUUGCUGCAUAGGAACUAAUCCUCCUCCUACUAUGGCUGGUUUGCAACGCCGUCGUCGUCAAUGCCCUCUGUUUGCUGAGAUGGGCCCUGUCUACAUCUUCAAGGAACCAAUUGGCCCAGAAAGAAUGGCACACCUGGCUUCUAGAGGAGGGGAUAUAGUUCCUUCUUUUGGUAAUGCAGCUGGGCUACCAUGGCUAGCAACAAAUGCCUAUGUGCAGAGUAAAGCAGAGGAAAGUGUGCUUUUGGAUGCAGAAAUUGGAGGUUGCUUUCACCUGCUCUAUCAUCCUAGUUUGCUUAGUGGGCGUUUCUGUCCAGAUGCUUCACCUUCUGGUGCUUCAGGAAUUCUUCGACGUCCCGCUGAGGUUCUUGGGCAAGUCCAUGUUGCUACACGAAUGCGACCUGUGGAUGCUUUGUGGGCAUUGGCCUAUGGUGGUCCCUUGUCUUUGCUUCCCCUGACUAUAAACAGUGUACACGAAGAUACUCUGGAACCACAACAUGGGAAUUUUACCCUGUCUUCAGCCACCACAUCUCUUGCUGCCCCAAUAUUUAGAAUUAUAUCCAUGGCUAUUCAACAUCCGAGGAACAAUGAAGAAUUGUCUCGUGGUAGAGGGCCUGAAGUUCUUUCAAAAAUUUUGAAUUAUCUACUUCAAACUCUAUCCUCGCUUGAUGUUAGAAAGUAUGAUGGUGUAAGAGAUGAGGAACUUGUUGCUGCUGUCGUCUCCCUUUGUCAAUCUCAGAAGAUCAACCAUAAACUUAAAGUGCAGCUCUUCACUACACUGCUUCUAGAUUUAAAAAUUUGGAGUUUGUGUAGUUAUGGCAUACAAAAGAAGCUUCUAUCAUCACUUGCGGACAUGGUUUUCACUGAGUCAACAGUGAUGCGAGAUGCCAAUGCCAUUCAAAUGCUUCUUGAUGGCUGCAGAAGAUGUUAUUGGACUGUUCCUGAAAUUGACUCUGUGAAUACUUUCUCUCUGUCUGGGGCAACACGUCCUGUGGGUGAAAUCAAUGCUUUGGUGGACGAGCUCUUGGUGGUAGUUGAACUUUUAAUAGUGGCAGCACCUCCUUCAUUGGCAUCACAUGAUGUCCGGUGUUUACUUGGAUUCAUGGUUGACUGUCCACAACCUAAUCAGGUUGCUAGGGUGUUGCAUCUCUUCUACAGGUUGGUUGUCCAACCAAAUUCAUCUAGAGCUCACACAUUUGCAGAAGAAUUUCUAGCAUGUGGUGGGGUAGAAACUCUUCUUGUUCUGCUCCAGAGGGAGGCUAAAGCGGGAGAUAGUAGUGUCCUGGAAUCGUUGUCAAACAAUCCUGAACUUAAAACAACUGUGAUUGAUGGUAAAAAUGAAAUCACAGAAGGAAGUCAGGAUGAUGAAGGAUCAGAGGAGAAAAGUGAAGCCAUCUUACAAGACAAUGACCAAGGUUCUCAGUCUGUUUACAGUGGCAAUAGCCCGGAUCCUAGUUCUCCUGAUUUUAGCAAUGACAGGAUGACUUUUACCUCUGAAAUUCCUUCUGUCAACAACCUGGGAGGCAUAAGCCUGUCCAUUAGUGCUGACAGUGCUAGAAAAAAUGUUUACAAUGUUGAUAAAAGUGAUGGCAUUGUUGUUGGGAUCAUAGGUCUCUUAGGUUCUUUAGUAGCUUCAGGACAACUGAGAUUGGGUUCCCAUACUGGUCCUGAUACAGCGAGCAACCUUUUUAGUGUUGGACUCCAUGAUAGGGGUGAUAGUGGUACCAUGUUUGAAGACAAGGUUUCUCUUCUACUUUAUGCUUUACAGAAGGCUUUUCAAGCAGCACCCAACAGGCUAAUGACUAACAAUGUUUACACAGCUUUAUUGGCUGCCUCGAUCAAUGCCUCUUCUUCAGAGGAUGGUCUGAACUUCUAUGAUUCUGGUCAUCGCUUUGAGCAUUCACAACUUCUAUUGGUGCUUUUGCGUUCCCUUCCAUUUGCUCCCAGGCAACUGCAGAGCAGAGCGCUACAGGAUCUUCUAUUUUUGGCUUGCAGUCAUCCUGAAAAUAGAAGCAGCAUGACAAAUAUGGAAGAAUGGCCUGAAUGGAUUUUGGAAGUUCUGAUUUCAAACUAUGAGGUGGGCCCAAACAAAUUGUCUGAAUCAACAAGUGUUGGAGACAUAGAAGACCUUGUGCACAACUUCCUAAUUAUCAUGCUAGAGCAUUCAAUGCGCCAAAAGGAUGGAUGGAAGGAUAUUGAAGCAACAAUUCAUUGUGCUGAAUGGCUUUCUAUUGUCGGUGGAUCUAGCACUGGGGAACAGAGACUGAGACGUGAGGAAUCGUUACCUGUAUUUAAAAGGAGACUCUUAGGUGGCUUGCUGGACUUUGCUGCUAGAGAAUUGCAGGUUCAGACUCAAAUCAUUGCUGCAGCUGCUGCUGGUGUUGCAGCUGAGGGUUUGUCACCAAAAGAUGCUAAGGCCGAGGCUGAGAAUGCAGCCCAGUUGUCUGUGGCUUUAGUAGAGAAUGCCAUUGUGAUACUCAUGCUUGUUGAAGAUCAUUUACGGUUACAGAGCAAGCAUUCUUCAUCUCGUGCUACAGAUGCUUCCCCGUCACCACUUUCUACUGUGUAUCCAAUAAAAAAUCGUUCUACUUCAUUGUCGACAAUUGAGGAGUCAACAGAAGUUACGGAUGAUCGUAGAUCAGAAUCGAGUGACUCGGGGGGAAUCCCUCUAGAUGUCCUUUCUUCAAUGGCUGAUGGAAGUGGUCAGAUCCCUACAUCAGCGGUGGAAAGGAUUGCAGCUGCUGCAGCCGCUGAGCCCUAUGAAUCAGUGUCUUGUGCUUUUGUGUCAUAUGGGUCCUGUGUUAAGGAUUUAGCUGAUGGCUGGAAAUAUAGGAGUCGUUUAUGGUAUGGUGUCGGCCUUCCACAGAAUGCAGUUCCAUUUGGUGGUGGUGGUAGUGGAUGGAAUUUUUGGAAUUCUGCAUUGGAGAAAGAUGCCAGUGGCAAUUGGGUUGAGCUUCCUUUGGUAAAGAAGUCUGUGGCAAUGCUCCAAGCAUUAUUACUAGAUGAGUCUGGACUAGGUGGUGGUCUUGGUAUAGGAGGAGGAUCAGGUACCGGAAUGGGAGGAAUGGCUGCAUUGUAUCAGCUGUUAGAUAGUGACCAGCCAUUCUUGUGCAUGCUUCGAAUGGUUCUUCUAUCAAUGAGGGAAGAUGAUGACGGAGAAGAUCAUAUGCUGAUGAGAAGUACAAGUUUUGACGAUUCUGUGUCUGAAGGAAGAAAACCACGAUCAGCACUCUUGUGGAGUGUUCUCUCACCUGUGCUCAACAUGCCAAUUUCUGAUUCUAAGAGGCAAAGAGUCUUGGUAGCAUCUUGCGUGCUUUAUUCCGAGGUGUACCAUGCCGUUAGCAGAGACCAAAAGCCUCUUCGUAAACAGUACCUUGAGGCUAUUUUACCGCCUUUUGUUGCUGUCUUAAGAAGAUGGCGACCCCUUUUGGCUGGCAUUCAUGAGCUUGCUACUGGUGAUGGUUUGAAUCCUCUUAUUGCUGAUGACCGAGCAUUAGCGGCUGAUUCCCUGCCAAUUGAGGCUGCUCUUGCUAUGAUAUCUCCUGCCUGGGCUGCUGCUUUUGCAUCUCCACCUGCUUCGAUGGCAUUGGCGAUGGUCGCGGCUGGUGCUUCAGGUGGUGAAAGUCAAGCUCCUGCAACAAGUUCCCAUCUUAGGCGUGAUACAUCACUGCUGGAACGCAAACAGACUAGGCUUCAAACAUUUUCAAGUUUUCAAAGACCUUUGGAAGUCCCUAAUAAAGCACCACCUCUUCCAAAGGACAAAGCUGCUGCAAAAGCUGCUGCUUUGGCAGCUGCUCGUGAUCUUGAGCGAUUUGCAAAAGUUGGUUCUGGAAGAGGUCUUAGUGCUGUUGCAAUGGCUACAUCUGCACAGCGAAGGAGUGCUAGUGAUAUGGAGCGGGUUAAGAGAUGGAAUAUGUCUGAAGCAAUGGGAGUUGCUUGGAUGGAAUGUUUGCAGCAAGUUGAUACGAAGGCGGUAUAUGGGAAAGAUUUUAAUGCUUUUUCGUAUAAAUAUAUUGCAGUUCUUGUUGCCAGUUUUGCCCUAGCAAGGAAUAUGCAACGGUCUGAGAUUGACAGGCGUGCUUAUGUAGAUGUAGUUGAUCGACAUCGAAUCAGUAUUGGAGCCCGUGCAUGGCGCAAACUUAUUCACCAGUUAAUAGAGAUGAGAAGUCUUUUGGGGCCAUUUGCAGAUAAUUUAUACAGCCCACUUCGAGUUUUCUGGAAGUUGGAUUUAAUGGAAAGUUCCUCCAGGAUGAGAAGAUGUUUGAGGAGGAAUUACCAAGGGUCUGACCAUUUAGGUUCUGCAGCCAAUUAUGAAGAUUAUUUUCAGGAGAAAAAUGAGCCGAGCACUCCAAUUUUGUCGGCGGAAGCAAUCUCGCUUGAGGCAGUCAAUGUAGACGAAGAGCCAGUGGAAACUGAGGACUCGGUUUCUAGGGUUGAUCAUAUUGAAUAUGAAGGAGAUAAUCAGCCUAGACUUUCUGAAGCAGCUGAACAAACUGUUCAGGCAUCUCAGGAGUCCAGUCCUACUCAACUUGCAAGUGAUGAACACCUUGUCCAAAGUUCUUCGCCCAUUGCACCUGGGUAUGUUCCUAGUGAACUUGAUGAAAGAAUUGUUCUUGAGCUACCAUCAUCAAUGGUCCGACCACUUAAGGUCAUACGAGGAACCUUUCAAGUAACCAGUAGGAGGAUAAAUUUUCUAGUUGAUAAAAGUGAGACCAGAUCUACAACCGAUAGUUUGCAUACCAGUUCUGAGGCAGGCCACCAAGAAAAGGACCGUAGCUGGUUAAUGUCAUCUCUUCAUCAAAUCUAUAGCAGGAGACACCUCCUUAGAAGAAGUGCUCUGGAGCUAUUUAUGGUGGACCGUUCAAACUUCUUCUUUGAUUUUGGGAGUAGUGAAGGGCGAAGAAAUGCAUAUCGUGCAAUUGUUCAAGCACGACCUCCUCAUUUAAAUAACAUAUAUUUGGCUACUCAGAGGCCUGAACAACUUUUGAAAAGAAUUCAACUUAUGGAGCGUUGGGCCAGGUGGGAGAUCAGCAAUUUUGAAUAUCUAAUGCAGCUCAAUACACUAGCUGGGCGUAGUUACAAUGAUAUAACCCAGUAUCCGGUAUUCCCCUGGAUUCUUUCUGAUUACAGUUCAGAGAGCUUGGAUCUUUCUAAUCCUUCUUCAUAUCGAGACCUUUCAAAGCCUGUUGGUGCACUGAACCCAGAUCGUCUGAAGAGAAUUCAAGAAAGAUAUGCUAGCUUUGAUGAUCCAGUCAUCCCCAAAUUCCAUUAUGGAUCACACUACUCGAGUGCAGGAACAGUUUUGUAUUAUCUUGUUAGGGUUGAACCAUUCACUACCCUUGCAAUCCAACUGCAAGGUGGUAAAUUUGACCAUGCAGACCGGAUGUUUUCUGAUAUUUCUGCUACUUGGAAUGGAGUUCUUGAGGACAUGAGUGAUGUGAAGGAAUUGGUUCCUGAGCUAUUUUACCAACCUGAGGUCCUCACAAAUGAAAAUUCAAUUGAUUUUGGCACGACACAGUUGGGAGGAAAGCUUGAUACUGUUAAACUUCCUGCUUGGGCUGAAAAUCCAGUUGAUUUUAUUCAUAAGCAUCAGAAGGCUCUGGAGAGUGAAUAUGUAUCUGCUCAUUUGCAUGAGUGGAUUGACCUAAUAUUUGGGUAUAAACAACGGGGCAAAGAAGCUGUUGCAGCAAAUAAUGUGUUUUUUUAUAUUACCUAUGAAGGGACAGUGGAUAUUGAUAAAAUCUCUGACCCAGUACAACAGCGUGCCACACAAGAUCAGAUUGCAUAUUUUGGGCAAACACCUUCCCAACUUCUGACUGUUCCUCACUUGAAGAAAAUGCCAUUAGCCGAAGUUUUGCAUUUGCAGACAAUAUUCCGCAACCCAAAAGAAAUCAAACCAUAUGCUGUUCCAUCCUCUGAACGAUGCAAUCUUCCUGCGUCUGCCAUUCAAGCAUCUUCAGAUAUGGUUGUGGUUGUUGAUAUGAAUGCGCCAGCAGCUCAUGUUGCUCAACACAAGUGGCAACCCAAUACACCUGAUGGCCACGGUACUCCUUUCCUUUUCCAACAUAGAAAAGUGACAUCGGGGUCUGCUGGUGGUACACUUAUGCGCAUGUUCAAAGCACAGACCGCAUCUGGUGAGGAGUGGCAAUUCCCUCAAGCACUAGCGUUUGCUGUCUCUGGAAUUCGAAGCCAAGCUAUCGUUGCUAUUACGUGCGACAAAGAAAUUAUUACUGGUGGGCAUGCUGAUAAUAGUAUUAGGCUAAUAUCCUCAGAUGAAGCUAAAACCAUAGAAACAGCUUAUGGACAUUGUGCUCCUGUUACUUGCCUUGGCAUUUCACCCAAUAGUAACUACCUAGUGACAGGAUCCCGAGAUACAACAGUAUUACUAUGGAGAAUACACAGGGCACUUGUGUCUCCCUCAAAUGUCAUAUCAGAACAUUCCAAUGGGACAAGAAGAUUGUCUUCAACCAGUAAUAGUUCAUCGAGCUUGAUUGAAAAGGAUCAGAGACGUCGAAUUGAGGGUCCUAUACAGGUACUUCGGGGGCACCGCAGUGAAAUACUCAGUUGUUGUGUUAACUCAGAUCUCGGGGUAGUUGUUUCUUGCUCUCAUUCAUCAGAUGUCCUUCUGCACUCUAUAAGAAGGGGACGUUUAAUUAGAAGACUGGAUGGAGUAGAGGCUGAUAUUGUCUGCCUUUCCGCUGAAGGGGUCGUGAUGACUUGGAAUGAAUCACAGCAUACUCUUAGUACCUUUACUCUCAAUGGUGCUCCGAUAGCAAAAGCACAAUUCUCCUUCUUUUGCAGUAUCAGUUGCAUAGAGAUUUCUACUGAUGGGACGAGUGCUUUGAUUGGAAUUAAUUCUCUAGAAAAUGGUAGACCCGAUAAUAACAGUUUAAAUUCACAGUUGAAUAAGUCAGGUGUUGUUGAUUUUGAUUCAGAAUCAGAAGAAACUUAUGAAAGCAAUAGAAUAGAUGUUCCAUCACCAUCAAUUUGCUUCCUGGAUAUGCACACUCUGGAGGUAUUUCAUGAAUUGAGGCUGGGAGAAGGGCAGGAUAUCACAGCUUUGGCUCUAAACAAGGAUAGCACAAAUCUUUUGGUUUCAACUUCGGAUAAACAAUUGAUAGUCUUCACUGAUCCAGCUUUAAGCUUGAAGGUGGUAGAUCAAAUGCUCAAGCUUGGCUGGGAAGGUGAUGGGCUUCGACCUCUCAUGAAAUCAUAGUUUUAGGGUAUACAUAUGUGGUUUAUACAUAAUAUCAAUUCGAAAAAUUAGGUUGCGGUUUUGACGCCCCUGUUUGUAAGCAUUUUGGUUGCGGCCCUUAUGGUUCAGAGAGCUCUUGUGACAUAUGUAACAUCAUAUUAUUACCACCAGUAUUAGGUUCUUAGAUUUAGCACUAGCAGUGAUUCCUUUUUGUUUUUUGGUCAAAGUAUAGGGUUCUUCACUCUUCCAUUUGUGCAGUGUUGAUACUGGACAAGCUUCUGAAGUCUUAUUCAGGUUUGAGCCAUUUUUGUCCCACAAAUUUUUGUUAUAGAAAUGAAUAUAUAAUAGCUAUUCUUUGUUGUAAUGCUGCUGCUUUUUCAGAAGUUGAAAGUUUGUUGGAUGUUGGUUGGA